UCUAUAUAUCAAUCAUCGGAAUUUUAUUUAAUAUUUUUAUUACAUUGUAUCAUUCAAUUCUGGAAAAAUCUAAAUUAUUGUAUAAAUUUUAUAAAUUAUAUUAAAUUUGUAUAAAAAUAAAUUUAAAAAAUGAAACACUUUCGAACUUCUAUAAUAUUACUGGUAGCAUUCACCAUAAUGGUCAACGGUGGACAGUACUUGCAAUCAAAGAUAAUUACAUCUGCUGGUUGUGAUACCUACACUUGUGGAGUCAACGCGAGAUGUACGAUGAGUCGUGGGCGUCCCGUUUGUUCUUGUCUCAAUCUUCAUAUGGGCGAUCCUCUUUCGCAAUGUAUACGCGUCGAAUGUUUAAUUAAUGAAGAUUGCAUUGGAGUUAAAACUUGUAUAAAUAAUAAAUGCGUUGAUCCAUGUCCUGGUCUAUGCGGUGCAAAUGCAUUAUGUGAGACCAGAAAUCACAUUCCUCAAUGUUAUUGUCCACCUGGAUAUACAGGCAAUCCUUCUAAUAAUUGCCAUGUUGCUGAUCCUCAAGCAGCAUGUAAGCCUAAUCCAUGUGGAGAAAAUACAAAAUGUGAGGUAAAACAUGAAGUACCCGUUUGUUCUUGCCUUCCUGGUUAUAAGGGAUCACCUUUAACUGGUUGUCGUCAUGAAUGCGAAAAUGAUUACGAAUGUCCUAAUCACCUAACGUGUUCAUCCUUAUUUAAAUGUGAAAGUCCAUGUAAAUGUGGUGAAAAUGCUAACUGCGAUGUUGUCGAUCAUCAAGCCAAAUGCACAUGUCCGCAUAAUUGGUCAGGAAAUCCAUAUGUUUCUUGCCAUCCAGAAUGUACUGCUCAUUCUGAUUGUCCAAUUAACAAACCUGCUUGUCUCUAUCAAAAAUGUGUAAAUCCUUGUGAUGGAGUAUGCGGAGUAAAUGCUGAUUGUAAUUUACGUGAUAUUACUCCUGUAUGUAGUUGUCCAAGACACAUGACAGGGAAUCCUUUUGUUUAUUGCAGAAAUUUUGAACCAAGGGAUCUUUGUGAACCAAAUCCUUGCGGUGUAGACGCAAUUUGUACUCCUGGUCAUGAUAAUACAGGUAAAGAAAGACCAGUUUGUACAUGUCCUACUGGUUACAUCGGUAAUGCUCUACAAGCAUGUCAGCGAGGGGAAUGCCUUAACGAUAACGAAUGUCCUGAUAAUCGAGCUUGUAUAGAUUUUACUUGUCAAAAUCCAUGUACCGGUCACGAGUGUGGACCAAAUGCACUUUGUUCACCAAGGCGUCAUAUUGCUGUUUGUACCUGCCCCAAUGGAACACGAGGCGAUGCACUUUUUAAUUGCAAUCCAAUUGAUAGUAAAUCUGCAUAUUAUGCAAGAUCUUAUCGGUAUCAUUCUUAAUAAAUUGAACGAAAGAUUUUUAUGUAAAUACUAAUACGCAUAAGAAAAAAAAUAUUUAAAAAAAUGCAGAAUAAUGAAAUAUAAAACUAAAAGUAUAUUUUUA